AUGAAUAGAGAGAGUUCUAAUAAUAAAAGAGAUAGAUCAAGGUCUCCCGUAAGAUCGAAUGAAGACACUCGCAACUUACCACUGAGAUCAUCUCAUUCUUCAUCACUGCAAUAUCGUAGAAAUCGUAAAAAGAAUAACACUAAUGAAUGUAUUAAAGUUAGUUUAGAUUAUGAAUUUGGAGAUCUGGGAUCAAAUUGGCGAAUGAUGAAAUUAAAUCGAAUUUUUGAGGCUGCUAAAGAGUCAGAAAAAUCAUUAAUAGAUAUUGUAAAAGAAAGAUAUGGUACUGAAAUUGAAUUUGAAAUAGCCAAACAAGAGCAAAAGGAAUUAGAGGAUAGGAAAUGUAAACCUAAAAAGGAUUGGAUAUUUCAACCAAAUGUAGAAAUUGAAAGAUUUGUUAAAGAAAAAAAUGGAAAUAUUACCACAAACGAUAUUUCUAUACAAGAUUUAAUUCAACAAGAAAAGAAUGAACAAUUUUCAUUUGAUGAACAAAGUGCAAAGUCUAUUUUAAAGGAUUCACAAUUUGAAUCUAAUCUUGAAUAUCAAGACGAAAAUGCAUCCAAAUUAGCUUCAUACGUUCAAUCCGGUAAAGUUAACCUUUCAGAUAUACAGCAAAAUAAAUCAAAUCCACAAUCUUUACAAAGGAUAAUGAAGAAUUUAGAUAGAUGUGAACUUUGUCUUGAGAAUAAUUCAUUGGAAUCGAUUCCAAUAUCAAUGGGUCAAAAGACAUAUUUAACAUUACUACCAUACAAUAGUUAUAAUAAACUUUUCCCUAGUAAUACUACGGCGAUUUGUUUAAAUGAACAUCGUGAAAAUACCCUUUAUUGUGAAGAUGAUGAAUGGGAUGAAAUUGAAAACUUUAUGAAAACCCUUGCUACUUACUAUUAUAAAGAAUAUAAGAAGGGAGUAAUUUUCAUUGAAAAUGCUGUGGAUACCAAAUAUCAACGUAAUCAUGCACAUAUUUUGGUAAUCCCAAUAUCAUUGAGUAUUUGUUCCCAGGCAGAAGGAUAUUUCAAAGAGGCCAUAAUAUCUCAAUCAGAUGAUCUUGAAGAUCAACAUAAAAGUGUUUUAGAUACUCAAUUAAAGGGUAGAGAACGCAGCCAAGGUACAAGAAGACAAGCUGGGAUGAAACAACUUUUAGCGAAAGAAGCUCCUUAUUUCCAUGUAUGGUUUAGUUUGGAUGGAGGAAUAGGACAUAUUGUAGAAAAUUAUAAAGAAUGGCCUAAAUACGAUUUAUUUACAAGACAAGUGGUUGGAGAAGGGCUAUUAAAAUGUCAAGAUCCAAUGUUGGUGAAUUCAACCAAAGAUUAUAAGAAAUGGAAAAGUUCUGCUAGAUCCGGAGAGGAGAUGGAAAGAGUUGAACGAUUUAGAAGGAAGUGGAAGGCAUAUGAUUGGACAGAGGUUAACAGCGAAUAG